CGUUGGCUCUUUGGAGAGGAACCCUCAGCUCCCUGCUCUCCAGCAGCGCUUUGGCAUCGCUCCUCCUUUCUCUUCUCAAACCAGUCUGAGGUGGCAGCAGGGCUGACUUUAUUCUUCCCUCCCCCCGUUUUUGAGAAGUGGUGUCUGAAAUCGGGGCGGGGGGAGCUGGCAGCGUCGAGAGUGCGGGAAAGUAAAGUGGAAUCCCAGUUGUUCUCCCUUUCUGGCACGGAGACCGGGCCUUCCUCCCGCUCUGGCAAGGGAGGGAGCUUUUUACACGCGACGGCACAUGGGAAGCACUUUAGAAUCCAGAAGGCGGCGGGCGAGAAAGCGGUGCCCAUCUCGGUGCGGAUUUUGCACAGCCCCAAAGUAGUUCCUCUUUCAGCCGGACUGCUGCUGCUGCCGCCGCCGGUCUUAUGAGACACUGUGUCAUCGCGCCCACUUGGGGCCAGGAGAGCGGAGGAAAAACCCCGCGAGCCAAAUUUGGCACUGGAGUGGAGGGCGACGAUAACGAGGAAGAGGAAGGGGAGGGGGGGAAGAGAGAGAAGAAAUGCCAUUUUCAGUGAUUUGUGGAGCCCAGCGCUGCUGAAAAGCAACCAGGCAAAAUCUCUGCUGCGGCUGUUGCCAGCCUCCAGUCGCUUCCCAACAACUCACUCUUCUCGGCUGAGAUCGAUGCAUCAGGAGGAGCGGCCGCGGCGGCGCCCUUCGCUGCUCGCCGUGUGAAGAACCACCACCACCAAGACCCCGACUCUACCACCCUCCCGCCUGUCUUACACACACACACACACACACACACACCGGUUUCGGUCUCUCUCUGCUUUCCCCUCUCUCUGGUUUUUAAAAUGACGAUCGGUUUGAGAAGCUCAUCAUGGCCAAUGGGACGGGGGCGACGACGGUCAUGCUGAAAUGCGUGGUGGUCGGCGACGGGGCGGUGGGCAAAACUUGCCUGCUGAUGAGCUAUGCCAACGAUGCCUUCCCAGAGGAAUACGUGCCCACCGUCUUUGACCAUUACGCAGUCAGUGUGACAGUUGGUGGCAAACAAUAUCUCCUUGGGCUAUAUGACACUGCAGGACAGGAAGACUAUGAUCGCCUGAGACCGUUAUCGUACCCCAUGACUGACGUCUUCCUCAUCUGCUUCUCUGUGGUAAAUCCGGCUUCCUUUCAGAAUGUGAAGGAAGAGUGGGUACCAGAACUAAAGGAAUAUGCACCAAAUGUACCCUAUUUGUUAGUUGGAACCCAGAUUGAUCUUCGCGAUGACCCCAAAACUUUAGCAAGGCUGAAUGACAUGAAAGAGAAACCAAUAUCUAUGGACCAGGGACAGAAGUUAGCAAAAGAGAUAGGAGCCUACUGCUAUGUGGAGUGCUCGGCUUUAACCCAGAAAGGACUGAAGACUGUUUUUGAUGAAGCUAUUAUAGCCAUUUUAACUCCAAAGAAACACACAGUGAAAAAAAGAAUAGGCUCGAGAUGCAUUAAUUGCUGCCUGAUCACGUGAGACCCAUUGGAACAAAGGCCACACAUACUGUGAAAUUUCCAAUACUGUGCAACUAUACACUUAAAACAACGAUGACAACACCCUAUCAACAGAUAAUAGAUCAAUUGGGAAGCUGAUUUUAAGAAAUUGGCAUUUGGUAAAAUCCAGAAUGUGUGUGGGGGAAAUCCCAAAUCUGUGAAGGAGCAAGCACCAUCUUAUUACAAAUACUUUAUUCAGGCUGGAAGGAAAGUACAAUCUCUCAGGGGUAACAUAAAUUAGGACAAGCGACAGAUGCAUCAUCAUGUUGCCACGGCAUGCAUGACCAUGCUGUGAGGAGGAGGAGCAAGGCCUGACGAUGCUUUGAAGGUGUUUAGAUAGCCUUUUGCUUUGACCAUGGUCUCUGCGCAAUCACUAUGGAAUCGGCACAACAGCAAAAACGCCUUCUCUCUUUGUGUCAGUUAUCUGCUUUUGUACGUAAGCUGCUUCCUGUUCCAGUAUAUCCACAAAGGUGCAAUAAGGAGACUGGCCACGUAGCCAAAGGUGGCUCCAAGUGAACAGGAAAUGGGCCACACCUGAAGGAAGAGAAUGCCAUGUUAGGAGGAGACCAAGGAGGGUGAAAGAGAAGAGGUUGGCCCCCUGAUGUACUUUUAUGAGCACAAGUUUCCGGUGUAAUCAAAAGAAGGAACCAAAAUGCGGUACAGGAUCCAUUGCAGAGCUUGACUUGCUUUCUCAGAGAAUGCCAAAAGUGUUAAUGGUCAUCCCACAUUUAUUACGCAAACACUAAAUGUUGUACAGUUUUUAAAUUUGUGUGCAUUGAAAUAUAAUUAGGCUUCUGGGUAUUGCAGAUGACACUUGAUAAUUCCCAGAACUACAUGGAGAGUUUUAACUUGCCAGUUUUGGGGCCAGGGCUGCUGAUGUGCUCCUGCUUUGCAAUGAUUUAUUUUUAUGUUAUAACAGUAGAUGGUUAAUACAGACUGUGCUGCUUCCUCCCUACACACCCACACCAAGUCAUGGCAUUCUUUUAUUGCUAAAAGUUGUGACAAAAUGUUUAGCAACAAUGCACAAUUGAAUGAAGCAUACCAAGGAAGACCAUAGACCAGAGGUGGACAAAAGGUAGAACAGGAUCUACUGGUAGAUCUCUGGGUGAUUUCCAGUAGAUCACCAAAGAUUUCUGACUCCCAAGUGUUUAACAAUGGAACAACUCUCCCCUAUCCAAAUUAGGCUGUUGAAAUGAAGAAAGCCUGGGGGGUGGGGGGGGGAAAGCCUCAGAAUAGAUUUUUGUGUGAAAUGACUGUGAUCUCAGGUUUGGCACUGAUAACAAAUUCCUAAACUGAGAUAGACCCUGUUCCUUACUUCUACAUCUACCCCUCUUUCUAAGCCACUCUUUUGCACUCGGCUCUUGCUGCUGGAUGUGGAGGUUCUAGGGAGGGGGGAACCCAAGCAGAUCCUGCAAGCCUGGAGUUUCUCCACCCCUGCCAUAAACUACAAGGAAGUAAGGUUGGGCUGAUGGCACAGUAUCAUACUCUAAUAGUUGGGAGAGGUACCACAUCACCUACCUCUUCAGCUGCCAGCAGCAAGGAAGUCUGUGUGAAAAACUAGGUUCUGCCACCCUGCCCGGAAGCAUAUUGUAUGUCUGACAUCUCUUGAGCUUUCACCCCACCUCACCUGUGCUUUUCUUUACUAAAAAGGCUGCAAGUGCCUGAAAGAUGGUGAGUGUGCCCACCCCCAAAAUUAGGUAGGCAGCAAAAAGAGAAAGCAACUUCAAGGAGGUCAGAAGCACAAACCACACACACUGAAUUCAGGUCUUGAAAAUAGAACAUAGGAACUGUCUGUGAUGAAUCAGACGGGCCCAUUCUAAUCCCAGUGUUCUGCUGCCUCUAACACUGGCCAACAAGAUGCUACUGGGAAGCUGGCAAGCAGAAAUAGCCACUUAUGUGCAAAACCUAAGGCUGUUGCCCUGUGAUGAUUCAAGUGACAGCAGGUACCAUUUAGAAUAUGCAUUCCCUCCAGUGUGAGAGGAGGAUGCCUCUUCUAAGAUUUUGUCUGCUACGUGCAGUUUUUUAUAACAACUUAGGUAAAAAUUAAUUAUCAUGAAAAAACAACCAACAAGUUGCCAAACAAAGCAGGGUUUUUUUAAAAAAAAAACUGAUCUAAUCCACUAAAUGUUGCUACCCCAAUAAAAACGGAUGCAUGUGAAGUCUUAACUGACUUCAGUCUCAUGGAUAUCACUUGGUUUACUCUAAGCAUCAACUCUUGAGCCAACCCAAAGUAAAUAUAAAAUCUAAACAUUUGGAUGAACAUCUAAAAACACUAAAGUCAACUAACCAUGCUCAAAUUUUGACUUCCUUGAGGAUCAAAUUAAUCAAAGAUUUAAAUAUAUGCACAAAUGCCGAGAAGUACAAUUGAAAUGACAUGAAAUAAAACUCAACUCAUGCAACAUCCCCAUUCAUUUUAACUCUUUUUUGUUUGUAAUUCCUAGCAAAGUGGCUCUUAACCUGCAUUUGCAAACUGUAGUGGCACACUGUUUCAUUGUGUUUCUUGGCAGUUCUCCACAGCCACAAGAACUACAAGCUUGCUAUUUAAAAAUUAAAGAUUCCUAAGAUAAUGAAUUCUAUGCCAGCUAACCAAAUCUGCACCUAGCACACAGCUCCUGCAAACAUAUGGAAUGCAAAUAAUCCUGGGUGCAAGACUAAUGUAUGCUGUACCCAAGCAUCACAGGAAUAAUUGUAUGUGGUAAGCAGCAGUCUCCCAAUCUUGCAUCUCCCAAUCUUACACUGAGAUUGCUGUAUUGCUGUAUGUAUGGCAUUGCUGUGUGCAUUGAUGAUAAACUGAUGCUAAAUGCUGAUACUGUACAGUCAUCCACGCUUGUUCUAUGAUAUUAAAGCCCUAUGCAGAUAUUCUCAACAAUUGCACUGUCUUGCCCCCCCCCGACCUUCAUGUGCUGGGAGUCACAUUUGAAUAGGGGCCUUUGCAUGUAGAGCUGAACGGGCAUAGGUAGGAUCUGUGCACCUCAUACUUCUCAGAAGCGUGUGUGUUUAUAUGGUGACCUUACAGAGAUCUUCAUGUGUUGGGCUGUGUUGUGUAUAUAUCAGGCACUGCCCAAGUGGGCAUGCCAGGAAUAUGAAGCAGGAUGAUGCCCAUAGAGUUCCUUAGAUGGGCAAUGAGCAAUUAUUCUAAGUAAACAAAUAGAGAAUGCUCUUGGUACCAAUAAUUCAUUCUGAUAUUGACCUCAAUAGUUGGGCAAAACCUAAGAUCUAUUUUCAACAGGUGAGAAUGUAAGAAGAAAAGGAGUGACCCCAGUUCUGAAACAUGCUGGCUCCAGGUCAUCACAACAUAAACGGCCAACUUUUGUUAACUUAAAGCUGCAACUUGUCUAAGGGUCAGGGAGUGAAAGUAGUGUUGUGCUGCAGCCUCUGCUUUUUGUGUCUGCUCUGGGUACAGGCCAUCUUCACUGUGCUUUCUACUAUUCUGAGAUACAUGUAUGUUAUAUCUUACAAAUUUUACAAUACAAUUUUACUGUAUUUCAUUAAUUUUACAAUAGGCACAAUUGUUUUUAUCUCCCCCCCUUUGCUCUGCCCCCCCCGACUGUCAUCUUGUGGACAACAAGCAAAAUGUAACCUAGGCAUGUGAGAAACUUGUCUCUCAUUCUUUAGCUUUUAGCUCCUGUACCAGGUUUGCAAUGCACAAACUCCAGCACUAACUAUUUGAGGCAAGAGGGCAGGAAAGACAGCUGGCUUCCACUUCUGCAAUUUCUUCUUUUAGCCGUUACUCUUUUCAUCACACCCCUCGUGGCACAUUAAUCCAGCUUUUUCUUUUUGCUAUCUGGAAUUUAUGAUGAUUCAGUCUUCCUGCACUUAAGUAUCACAUUCCUAAAUGUUAUAUAGCAUGAUUUGGAGGUCUUUAGGAGUGUAGCAAAGAUGAUGGGAAUCAUCUUUUCAUGACGUGCCUUAGGUACUCUUAAUUGACCUUGCUUCAGUCUUCUAUUCGCUGCUUCAGAAGAAGCUCAUGGGUUCUCUCAAUUACUGUUGCUUUUUAAACCAAAGAUUUGCUUGUUCCCAUUUGUUGACACAGUGCCGCAUAUCUUCUGCAAAAUGUUGAGAGACUUACACAUAAGACAAUGUAUAUUCAAUGCUAGUAUACUGUGUUCUGUGGCCCAAUGAAGGCUGUAUCUCCACUGGACAUUUUCAUUCAAAAUAAAACUCAGAUUCAUCAGGAAUUGACCAGUCUUUAGAAGAUAAUAAAAAUGUUCUGGUCAGUGA